AUGGCAAAUCCACAGUACUCAACUGGUCAGUACGGAGGUGGCGGAGGUGGUGGCGGUGUAGCUGGCGGAUACGGUGGAUAUCCAGCAUAUGGUGUUCCUCCCCCGGGACCACCAGGUUAUCAACAAGCUGGGGCACCACAGCCACAACAAACUCAACAACCACAAAGUGGAUACCCAGGUAGCGGUGGAUGGAACCAACCUCCACCACCGCCAACAGCGGCAAGUCAAGGAGGCGGAUACCCUGCUUAUGAACAACCUCCACCUAGUUUUAGACAGCAAGGAAGCCAACAAGGAUCAUUUAAUGGAUCAAGCGGUGGAAAUGGUUAUGGUGGUCCACCAUCAAGUGGUGGAUAUGGCGGACCUAGCAGUUUUGGAGGUGGUAGACAAGAACGUAGCAGCAGCAGCGGAGGAUACGAUUCCGGCGGCAGGGGUGGUUUUAACAAAGGUAGCGGAGGACCCCCUAAUGAUCGUAGUGGUGACUUCAUCGUCCAAGAGGACACAAUAUUUGUUUCUGGCAUGUCUACAACCACUUCUGAAGCUGAUAUUGAACAACACUUUGGUUCAAUUGGCAUUAUCAAGACUGAUAAAAAAACAGGAAAGCCCAAAAUUUGGAUGUACAAUGACAAAGCGAGUGGAAGACCUAAAGGGGAAGCAACUGUUACAUAUGAUGAUGCUCAUUCUGCAAAUAGUGCUAUAUCCUGGUUUAAUGGUAAAUCAUUCAAUGGAUCUACAAUAAAUGUCCAAUUAGCCACAAAGAGAGAUAAUUGGCAAGGAGGACGUGGCGGUGGUAUAACUGGUGGAAGUUCUCGUGGUAGUACUGGUAGAGGUGGCGGUGGACGUGGAGGAUAUGGUGGUGGUGGUGGUUAUCAAAUGGAUGAUCCUGUAUCAGACGAUCCAUCCGAAGGAGGCGGAGGAUUCUAUGGCCCCAGAGGUGGAAGAGGCGGUGGUAGCAGAGGUCGUGGUGGUGGUAGAGAUGAUCGUGGACCACCCCCAGACCGUAGAAGAGAUGACCGUAUGAGCAGUGGUGGUGGCAGAGGCGGUGGCCGCGGAGGUGGUGGAAAUGAUUCAGGUGGCCGUGACGGUGACUGGAAAUGUUCAAAUCCAACUUGUGCCAACACUAACUUCUCUUGGCGUCAGAACUGUAACAGAUGCAACGAGCCAAGGCCCGAAGGAUUUGGUGAUAGUGGUGGCAGACGAGGAGGUGGUAUGGGUGGUGGGCGUGGUGGACCACCCAUGCGCGGCGGACGUGGUGGUGGAAUGGGAGGAGGUGGUCGUGGCGGUCCUAGUAUGGGCGGUAGUCGUGGUGGUCUUGGCGGCGGUGGAGGCGGAGGAGGUAGAGGUGGAUUUGGAGGAGGAGGCAGAGGAGGACCUGGCGGCCGCGGAGGUGGAGGUGGUGGACGAGGUGGUGGACCAAUGCGAGAUGAUAGAAGAGGAGACCGAAACCGUCCAUAUUAA